CGUCUGCCUCCUUUUCCCCCCUCAGAGACGGCGGGCGAUGCUGGGCGGCGAGGAGAGCGGCCAGGCCGCGGCCGGAGGGGGCGCCCCAGUCUCCGCGGCCUCUCCCGCAGCUGAGGCGGAGGCGCCGGCCUUGGCCGCCCCCGCUGCUCGCGACGCUGAGGUGAAAAAGGACGAGGAGGAGGAAGAAGGAGAAGGAGAGGAGGAGGAGGAAGAGGCGGCGGCCGAGGCGGAGCGAGCCACCCGGCAGCGCUACGAGGAGCUCUGCAGCAGCCUCAACAUGGACGAGCGCGCCCGAGCCGAGGCCUGGCUCAGCUACCAGAGUAUGAGGAGGAACUACACCCUGGAGGGAAACGAUCUGCACUGGUUAGCAUGUUCGUUAUACGUGGCUUGCAGGAAAGCCGUCCCGACAGUUAGCAGAGGGACUGUUGAAGGAAAUUAUGUGUCUUUAAUCAGAAUACUGCGCUGUUCAGGACAAAGUUUAAUAGAGUUUUUUAACAAGAUGAAGAAAUGGGAAGAUAUGGCAGACCUACCCUCCCAGUUCAGAGAACGUACCACAAGAUUAGAAAGAAACUUUACAGUUUCUGCUGUAAUUUUUAAGAAGUAUGAACCCAUUUUUCAGGAUAUUUUCAAGCACCCACAAGAUGACCAACCACGACAGCCAAGAGGGAGAAAACAAAGGAGGCAACCUUGCACUGUCUCUGAAGUUUUCCAGUUUUGCUGGGUCCUCUUUGUUUAUGCAAAAGGCAAUUUUCCUAUGAUCAGUGAUGAUUUGGUAAAUUCAUACCAUCUGUUACUGUGCGUCCUUGACCUAGUCUAUGGGAGUUCUUUGCAGUGUCCAAAUCGUAAGGAGAUUCUGAAUCCAAGUUUUAAGGGGCUGCCUGAAGAUUUUCAGAGUAAGGAUUUUAAACUCUUGUCCGAAGCCCCUUGCAUCAUUGAAAAACUCUGCUCCUUGCACGAUGGCUUGGUUUUGGAUGCCAAGGGAAUAAAAGAACAUUUUUGGAAACCCUAUGUGAAAAAACUCUUUGAGAAGAAGAUCCUAAAAGGAAAAGAGGAGAACCUGACAGGUUUUUUGGAUCCUGGAAACUUUGCAGAAAGCUUUAAGGCCAUCAACAAGGCCUACGAGGAAUACAUACUGUCAGUUGGGAAUCUAGAUGAGAGGAUCUUUCUUGGAGAAGAUGCCGACGAGGAAAUCGGAACCCUGCGAAGGUGUUUAAACACAGCUUCGGAGAUGGAAACAGCCGAAAGGGUACAAAUGAAAUAUAAUCUGCAGGAACACUUUGAACGGACAAAAUCUUUCAGAAUAUCUACGCCUCUCACUGGCCGGAAAUAUAUCAAGGAUAGCGAUCCUUACUUGAGCCCCAUUUCCAUCGCAACCCACUGCUUGACACGGCUUCACACAAUGUUGGCAGGGCUGAAGAACGCCCCUAGUGAGAAUCUGGAGCAAAUUCUGAGUGGCAAAUCUACAUUGUUCAUUGACAGAAGUUGCUCCAGGGAUCCUUCUGUGUCCAUUACCAAUAGAGUGAAAGAAAUGUAUGAAAUUUAUUCGCAAAAGGCACCAUCUUCUGGAGAAUCUGGAAAUUUCCCCAAAGAUCUUGUUGGUAAACACUUCCGUCUCGCUGAGGUCCUUUAUUAUAAGGUUUUGGAAUCCGUCCUAAAGCAAGAAAAGAAAAGACUAGAAGACGCUGAUCUAUCUGCCAUCUUGGAGCACGAUGUCUUUCAUAAGUCUCUCAUGGCCUGCUGCCUUGAAGUAAUUAUUUACUCCUACAAGACAGCGGAUAGUUUCCCGUUCAUCACGGAUGUUUUUGAUGUUCCUGCCUUCCACUUUUAUAAGGUAAUCGAGAUCCUGAUCAGAGCAGAGGAUGGCCUUUGCAGAGAGGUGGUGAAGCAUCUCAACCACAUCGAGGAACAGAUUUUAGAGAGCCUGGCAUGGAAAACGGAAUCCCCACUCUGGGAUAAAAUAAAAGAAAAUGAAAAUAAGGUCCCUACCUGCGAAGAGGUGAUGCCACCUCAGUAUUUUGAAAGAUCAAAUGGCAACAGCGUGGCUGGGUCCCCUUUAACUCCGAGGAGAUUAAAUGAAGUUCGUGCUGAAACUGGAACUCAGGGAAAAGGCAUUUCGUUUUCCCCAGCCACCCUCUACGAACGGUACAGCUCUCCAACCACCAACCCUACCAGAAGAAGGCUGUUCGUUGACAGCGACACCCCCGGGGAGGCCCCUCGGACGCCCGUGAGGGUCUCUCAGCCGCCUGUGAUCAGCACCGUGCCUGUACAAAACGUCUCCUCCGAUGCCAUCCCUGUCACUCCGGUGCCUGGGCAGACUUUGGUCACCGUGGCAACCGCCACGGUGACCGCCAAUAACGGGCAGACAGUUACCAUACCUGUGCAAGGCAUUGCCAAUGAAAACGGGGGCAUAACAUUCAUUCCGGUCAACCUGAAUGUGAGUGGACAGGCUCAAUCCCUGCCUAGCUCCAUCCCGCCUCUCAGUGCGCAGACCCUUGCUGGCACGCUCACUUCUCAGCAGAUGACUCGCCCAACCCUCCAGCUGCAAGGCCAGCUCCAGCAGGUGGCCCAUCCUGGGGAACGGCGACAGAAGCAGCAGAUCAGUAGCGGUGCCAACAGAUCCCGAAAAGCUGGCUCGCUCACUCUCUUCUUUAGAAAGGUGUUUUAUUUAGCAAGCGUUCGCCUCAAGCCGAGAUUCCAGCCCAGUCAUGAGGUCGAGUAGCACCCUGCCUGUUCCGCAGCCCAGUAGCGCCCCUCCAACACCAACGCGACUGACCGGAGCCAAUAGCGACACCGAGGAGGAAGAACGUGGAGACCUGAUUCAGUUUUAUAAUAAUGUCUACACAGACCAGAUUAAAGACUUUGCCCUGAAGUAUUCCUCGGCCAACGGAACUGAUGUUCCUCCCUUGUCUCCCUACCCGUUUGUGAGAAGCGGCUCUCCCCGCAGAGUCCAACUGUCUCAAAACCACCCGAUUUACAUUUCUCCCCACAAAAAUGAGUGUGCAGUCUCUCGGCGUGAGAAAAUACUCUACUAUUUCAGCAGCAGCCCAUCAAAGAGACUUGAAGAGAUUAACAGCAUGAUUAGAACGGGCGAGACCUCGACGAAAAAGAGGGGCAUCGUCUUAGAGGAGGGGGCCGAAUCACCAGCCAAGCGCAUGUGUCCGGAAAACCACACCGCCCUUCUGAGAAGAUUGCAAGAUGUGGCCAACGACCGAGGAUCUCACUGACCUCAAAGACUAACCGAGGAUUGGGGUGUCUUUUUUUUUUAAUUGCUAUCUGGGCUUUUCUUAACAUUUGACCAGUAAAUAAUGGAAGCCGUGACUUCCACAUCUCCAAGGCACUUUUGGGGCAAGAAAGGAAGUCCUUUUUUUAACCUCCGCGAGCGCGAUGCUCCUGACCUCCAAAGACAAGUCUUUCUGCUUAUGAACCACGGACAUCUUCUGCUCAAGCGCAAUCAGAAAAGUUUUGAGGAGAAGCAUUAUUUCCUCCGCCACCCUGCAAGUCACACCAGCUUGCUUUGGAUGGAUGUAUCCCAUCAAGCGCCGAUCGAUCCAGUUUUCAUCAUCAUCCUUUUUUUAAUUUAUUCGGUAGAAGGGAUUGGUUUUAAUCUCAGAACUGGAAAGACAAAUGUAUUUUUUUACAUUAGCCCAUUAACAUUAUUAUUAUUAUUAUGUUGGCUAGUUGGAUCUUAUCCGGUGUCAUGUUUAGAAUCUGCAGUAUUUUAAUCGCAUUUGGAAAUGUGGCAGUCAGCAGCGAAGGAAUCAGCUCUGUGACUAAUUCUCUGACCCAGUUCAGAACUGCUGUGAACCUUCUUUUUAAAUUAGGAGUGAAGAUUCUAGAACGAUUGUCAGGCAGUAGUUGAAAAGCUUACUGGAGACAGACCAGAAAUUGAAACGGAGGGGAGGCCUUAAACCUUCCCUCCUUCUCUUCUCUCCUUUCUCUUCUCUCCUUUCCUUCUCCUCUCCUUUUCCUCUAUGCCCUUCAGGUGACAUGGGAAUAUUAUGUAUAUAUACCACAAUUUCAUUGUAUUUUAGCUGUGCAAUGUUUCCAGUCAGCUCCAAUCAGCGGGUAGCACUUCACUAGUUCUCAAAUGCAAAUUAGUUUUUGCAACCGUGGCAAUGGCACUUUUGAAGAAUAUAUAUGUGUACAUAUAUAUAUAUAUAUUUUAAAUAGCAAACCCUAAGAUGAAAAGCUGCGUUAAACUGAAUUGUAUUCAUUCCGGAAGCGCACACAGAAGUCAUAACUCUUGCGCAUGAAUAUUUUUAAGGUAGGACUGUUAGCCUUCCCCGUUUCUUAGCUUUAUCAUGGUAGUUGGUUGUGUCGUCCCACUGUUGUUUUUUUUCAAAAUGAGGAAAACAUCUGGCCAUCCUGGAUUAUCGUUGCAGCUGUUUGGUCCAUUGAAGUGUUUAACUGAUUUAAAUGGAGGUCAGGAAGAAUGAUGUAGAGGGAGAACGAUCUCUUCUUCCCUGAAGAACAGGCCAAUAUCUAGUCUGCUUGUGAUCACAAUGGCUCACUAGCAAUAAGACCUUUUCCUAGAUUAUUAUUUUUUUAAAGGGAUGCCAUGGAUUAAACCUAAGAUACUCUGCACGCAUAAGAAUGUGUCCUCCAACACUGGACUGCGGUUUUCAUGUGGUUUCUAAUACCUGCUGAAAAUGUUUCCCCCCCCCCCCCCCCCUCCCCAUAAAGGAUCAAAUUGAGUCUAUAGAGAAAUUAACAAUGGUGUUCGGGCAAUUGAAGAAUCACUUUGAAGACUAAUAGGAUCGUAUUCAAUAUUGUCAAUAUUUUGCCCUGGAUUGCCUUUGCAACAAUAUCUAUGCUGCUCUUAAAAUUGCUCCAAGGGGAUCUAAAUGUAGACCUUGGAAGAGGGAUUUUAGAUUUAUGAAAUGAUCGACUGGACGUAAAAUUGAAUGCAGGGAUGUGGUUAUGAAAUAGGGCAAGCGUUGGCACAUGCAGGUUUAGCCUGUUCAUGGGAUUCGUAAGUUUUAUAAAGCAACAAAUCAAAAAGGUCUAAUUUAAAAAAAACAAAACUGCUAAUUCAGCCUAAUUCCAUCAGGCAGUCAGCAGCUCUGCUUCAUCAUAGCUUCUCAAAAAGGAGGGAAAAAACCAAUUAUGUGUCCCAUAGAUUAAGCCGUAGUUAAAUAUUGUAAAAAUCCUUCCCUCAUUUAGUAGACUUUGGAUUCAAAAUUUCCAUCCAGUCAUCUUCUGAAAAAGUCUUUUGCAUCCAAAGUAGUGAAGGUGCGCUUAAAUUUACCUAUUGAUACCAUUAUAGAAAUGACGUAUUUCCUGACUUAACAGAUUUGGGGGCAUAAUAGAAGCCCUUUUUCCUUUUUUAAAUGGCCUGUUAACUUGAGGUUUUACUAUAGUUGGCAAAACAGAAUUCCAAAGAACUCGUACUUAAUCGGCAAAUAUUUUAUCCAAAGAAAACAACCACAAGGUGGACUUUUUUUUGCCAUGAUUGGUCUUUAUUUUUUUUUUUAAGAUGUCACUAGUAACACAUUAGUCAAGCCAUCUCAAAGCAUGAUUCCUAAGUCAACCUACGCUAGGUUCCCUUUAAGAUUUUAUUAAAACCAAGACCUCUA